AUGGAAUUCUGGGGUGAAGAACUGAAGCCUGGAUCCAAGGUUUCUUUCAACACUGGUCAGGGUUAUGUUAUCCACCUCUCACAGGCUGCACUGGGGGAAAUAAAGAAAGGGAGUGAGAAUGUAGUUGUUUAUGUCGAGGUUAAUGAUAAGAAGUUAGUCCUUGGAACAAUGUCAGUUGAGAAGCACCCUCAGAUUAUGUGUGACUUGAUAUUUGAGAAAGAUUUUGAGCAAUCACACAGUUCAAAAACUACUAGUGUCUUCUUGUGUGGCUAUAGGUCGCCAAUUCCUAUCAUUGGUUCUAAUUCUGGUGAGGAUGAAAUUAGUUCAAAUGAAGAGCUGGAAACUGAUGAAAUCCUGAUGAAGAAUGAUAAAACUAAGGUUUCCGUGAUGGAUGGCAAAAAUGACAAACAAGAUGUUGAUGAUGAUUUCACUGAUGAUUCAGAUAGUGAAAUGUCUGAGGAUGAGUCAAUUGAUGAAGAAACAUCCAGUGGUGCAAAUGUCACAGAUGACUCUGAAGAUGAAACUGAGGAUUUGGAGGAACAGAGAUCUACACAAAAGAAGCCUGAAGUAGUUAGCAAGAAGAGAGUAAGUGAAACUAUGACACCUUCUAGUAAGAAGGCAAAGGCUGAACCAUCUGGCCAGAGAACAGGUGACAAGAAGACUCCUGCGGAGCAGGACAGCAAGACUCCUGCAGACCAAUGUGAGAUAUUUUUACUUGGAAUCAAGAUACUGAUGAUAGAGCGCGCAACGCGCGCAUUAUGUUCUAGUAAGUCAAAUGAGAAGUCUCCCAUACCUGGUAGCCAUGCCUGCAAGUCAUGCAGCACGACUUUUGGCAGCCAGUCAGCAUUGGAACCUCAUACGAAGGAAAAGCAUGAAGCGUAGAGUAUCUGUGUAUUCUCUACGGAUGAUGUGGAUGCUGCUGCGCCUCAUUUAGUGAGCAGACUCAGCAAUCUCUUUUUU